AUGGGUCAUGACACAAGGAUGGAGGGUUUUGGCGUGGCCGUCGGGGGUCUCGCUGCCAUCGAAGCCCUCAUCAAGGUCUUUAAACGUUGCUCGGAGCUCAUAGAGUACCUAAAAAACGAACAUGAAAUCUGGCUGGAAGUCUACAACGAGUUCACAGACUUUGGCAAGUUCCUGGAAGAUGCCUCCCGCGUCUACAAACAGCUACAUGAACGAGGUCGACUGCCGCAAAACGAGGAUGAAGAAUGGUCCAAACUCGCCCAUCGAGGCGAUAUGUUGAGAGAGAAGCUAAGAAAAAUCCACACCAAGUGGGAGACAACAAAGACAAAAAAAGAAUGGCGCGUCGAGAUUGCUAGGAAAUCAGCCCUAUUUUAUUUCUCCAAGAGAUCACCAAUCGACAAGCUCAUGCUCAACCUCCAAAGUGUCAAAAUGACUAUUUUAUUACGCCAGCAGCUGUUGACAAAUCAUCUCCACAGUGAGUUUGACAAUGGACACAUCAUUCAGCAACUCGACGCUAUGGAUAAGAAGUUAUCCAGACUGGAAUCCGCUCAGUUCGAGGAUGAAGACUCACCUCACAACAACCAACAUCUUACUUUGACGAGAACAAAUUCUACGAAACAACAGUAUGGGCUGCAAGAGGAAGAAAGGUUUCGCUUGUCGGAUGCCCUCUCUGUUAACCUCGAGCCGCAGACGGAAAAGAGGUUUAAACAAAGCAAGAUACUCAAACUCCGUCGAAUAUUUUCGAGGAAGGGCAAACGAGGUUUGAUGUCGCAAUCCGAGAAGUCUUUCUCUAGCAUUGUACCGAGUAUCGAGUCACAUGAUGGUAUCCCUGAUUCGAACGCGUCUGACGGGAAUCGGGUGAGCUUUACUGUUACCCAACAGGAGCUUGGAGGGAUUCUUGAACUAGUUCGACCGAGUUCGACUCUCCCUCCUUCGCCGAAUGAAGACUCUACGGCACACUUCAAUGAGGAACGCCCCGAGGCCCAGGUCACUUCACACUCAGAAGAAAAAUAUGAGAUAGAGGAUACCUUUGGCCCAUUGCCUUUGCUAGCUAUAGCCAAAGAAGUAUUUGUGCCAGCUGGGUCUCAUGAUCUAGACAUAACAAGGAAUGAGGACAAGGGGGAGAACCCAACUCAAGAUGGAGAGCGGACCAAAGCAGAUUAUCAUGGCUCCACACGUUAUAGGCCGCCAUCAGUGGAAGCU